AAAAAAAUUACUUCAACCAAAAAGGAUUCUCAAUUUCAUAGAAGAAGGAAAAAAGAAGCAAGGAUGGGAGAAAAUACAGUGCCUCAAGCUUCUUACCAUUCAUCAUCAAGUCUAUAUAGCAAUUCAACUGACAUUGAUACUGCAGCUCAAGAUGUACUCUUGCGUGAACAAGAAAUUGAGACACAAAGAGUCAUUCAAGGCCAAAGAGAUGCAGAAAGUGAAGGUGGAGCACCUUCUAAGGAUAAUACUGAUGUCUUCGGUGAAAGGAGAGACCCUAAUGCCUUAAAGGAACAUUUACUGAAGAUGGCUACUGAACAUCGCUCGGAAAUGGCUUUGAAGCGUGGGAAGCCUGCUGGUGCUGAAGAAGAUCAUGUAGAAAUUGGGAACGGAUACGGUGUACCAGGUGGAGGUGCAUAUUAUGCUUCUUCAAGGCCUGGCCUCGAUAGUGAGUCAGAACAGAAGUCGGCUACAAAGGAUCUCCCAGAGUUCCUGAAGCAGAAAUUAAGAGCAAGGGGUCUCCUGAAGGAUGAUACAGUAAAAAGCCAUCCAUUGAGAACUGAUAAUAAGUCGGAGACUGGUUCAACACAAGCUGUUGAAAUCCGGAAGUUGCCUCCUGGAUGGGUGGAAGCAAAGGAUCCUGCUAGUGGUGCUUCAUAUUAUUACCAUGGAAGCACCGGAAAGACCCAGUGGGAAAGGCCAACUGAUAUGCCUUCAACUACAUGGACUCCAUCACCUUUACCUCAUUUAGAAGAUUGGGUGGAGGCAUUGGACGAAACUACAGGUCAUAAAUAUUACUACAAUACGAAGACCCAUGUAUCACAAUGGCAGCAUCCAAAAUCAUCACAGCUAGCCUCACAACACUCUCACAUCUCAUAUUCUGGAAAUGCUUCUAGUGGGAAUCAGGACAAUAGAUCAUCCGAGUCAAAGAAAUGCAUCGAAUGUGGUGGGUGGGGACUUGGCGUUGUGCAGACUUGGGGUUACUGCAAUCAUUGCACACGAGUUCUGAAUCUACCACAAUGCCAGUACAUGAUGCCCAAUUUGAAUUACCAGCAGCAGAAUCUUGCAAAUUCGAAGGGUGAUCUUGAAAAAAAUGCUCCAAAACAGAGGCCCAAUUGGAAACCUCCUGUGGGAAAAGGAAAUAGAAGAGAGAGCAAAAAGCGUGCCUACAAUGAUGAUGAUGAGUUGGACCCCAUGGAUCCAAGCUCUUAUUCAGAUGCUCCCCGUGGCGGCUGGGUUGUGGGCCUCAAAGGAGUUCAGCCUCGUGCAGCUGAUACUACUGCUACGGGUCCGCUAUUUCAACAGCGACCAUACCCAUCACCAGGAGCUGUCUUGCGAAAGAAUGCUGAGGUCGCUACACAAACCAAGAAAUCCAGCUCUCCUUACAUGCCUAUAUCCAAGAGAGGAGAUGGUAGUGAUGGUCUUGGAGAUGCCGACUGAGGUUCCUAUGUAAACGGAGUUGAAUUUUGUCCUGGUGCAUUCAUCCUUAAUUUUAUAUGUGGUGCCGCAGCACUGCAUGUUCCCUCUGCAUGGAAGAGUUCUCUUCUGCAACAUUACUGGAACCACAACAAAAAGAUGAUCGUUCUAGUUCUACAAGUAACUGGGACUCUCUGCAAGGCAGGUUGUUGUAUUUGUGACCGGCUGAUUGAUAGUUUGAUACCUCCUAGUCAUUUGACUUUUCUUCGACAAAUAUAUCAUUUGUUAUGGUUAAUUAAGCUUGCCUCCAACACAAGCAUCUCGAACUGGAAGUUUAUACGGGGUGCAAAGAACUUCUGCACAGUUGAAACAAAACGUAGAAAAAGAGAAGGAAUGUCUUCAGUUUGACACAAGCCUGAAUUUUACACGAUUUGCUGGACUAGAACUAGCUCGAGCAUCAAUAUCACAUAGAUUUAGCAGCUUAAUUGUGGUUUAGAAAAUGUUGCUGGUAUUCUAGUGCUAGUCUUGUAAAUCUCUUGCCCCUGUAUUUGUCUUAUUAAAUUCUCACAUGUACGAGUUUCUUAGUGGACAAAAACAUUAAUGUUAGUAAGAUAAUGUUAUCUUCGACAGCAUCUUUUCCCCUACAA